AUACUGGCAUGAUCAAAGAUGGUAAACAAUUUGACAGCUCAUAUAAUCGUGGUAAGCCAUUCGAGUGUAAAAUCGGUGUUGGCCAAGUAAUUAGAGGUUGGGAUGAAGGCGAGUUUUCUAUUGUUGCCAUUGAAUUUACGUCUAUUUCUUUAAUAGGUGUUCCUCAGCUUAGUCUCGGUCAAAAAGCUAAACUUACAAUCUCUCCUGAUUAUGGUUAUGAGAAUGGUUUUGGUGAAAUUGUAAGCAGACAAUUAAUUCUAUAA